AUGGCAGAGAAGCAGGGCGGGAGUGUGGGAAAGCUGAAGUUUGUGAACGAGGGACUGGUGCUGGCCCGUCAGCUACAGUAUCGAUCGUCGUCGUCGUCGUCGUCGCCGCCUUCGGCCAUGGAGUCCUCUCCCCCCAAGGAUGCGGGUGAUGAUGAGCGGCAGCAGGAUUCGGCUGAGCCUAAAGAUAACCUUACAGCGGCGGAAAAGGCCAAGCUCCGACGCCGGCAAGUACAUAAGGCACAGAUACAACACCGCAAGCGCAAAGCCAACUACAUCAAGCAGCUCGAGCUCGACGUAUGUCAGUUCAGGGACAUGAUCGCUGCCGCCGAGAAGGAGGUCAUCGCCUUCCGGAGGCAAAACGAGAGUAUGCGGGGCGCUCUGGCGGCCCGAGGCCUUGUCGUGCCUCAAGAGCUCAAGGGCAAGGAGGUCGUUGUCGACGAGGCUCGAGUUAUGGGUUCUCCGAAGCCCGUGGAGGUGGCGCAGCCGGUAGCUGUACAGCAGCAUGUUCAUUCUCAAGCUCCAGGACAGCGCCAGUUUACGCCACAAAUAUCAGCGCCGCCUGUCAUCCAGCAACAGCUUCUGGUCGCAGACCCAGAACCGCAAAUGACGUUUCAGCCUCAACUCGCCAACGACAGCUACGAGUUCGACCCCUACCCGCCGGUAGACCUCUUCGCAGACAUUGGAAUGGGCGAAGUCAUUGUGACGAUGCGCAAGGACGACACCCUCGGCACACCGUGCUUCCGAAUUGCCUCGUCGUCGCCGACCGUCUUUCACUCGCUGGCACCAGACCAGCUCACCCCGGAACAGGAGAUCACCGCCAUCAAUCUGAUCCUCGCCAUGGAGCAUAUUUGCUGGGAUCACUUCAACCCCCGCGACUUCCCCGCUCACGCCGACCCCUGCAAAGCCGCCUCGGGCCACACAAUGAUGGCCUCGACCAUGUGCAUGUCCAGCGCGCCCACGCGGGUUCACCGCAGCAUCCGCCGCGGCGAAGCCGAGGACAAGACGCACACGUGGAGCGCCGACACGGGCACCGGGUCCGCGCUGUCGCUGAAGUCGCUGCUGGCGCUCGCCAAGACGCUGAACCCAGGCGACAUCGAGCUGACGCCCGUGCAGGCAUGGUUCGAGCUGGCGGCGCGGUACGGCACUGCGGCGCUCAUGCGGGACAACGUCAUCGAGGCGCUCAAGAGGGAGUUCUGCGGCGUCGUGACUUGCAUCCACUUCGGUGCCAUCAUCGAGCGGGACGCGUUCGAGAGCGUGGUCACGAGGGUCAUGGAACAGGUCGGGGUCAGCGGGCUCGAAUGGGAGAUGGACCUUGACCGCGAGGAGGCGGGGCUCGAUAUGGUCGCUGGGGCGCAGGGGAUUUCUGCUUGA